CAAGAACUCACUUCCGGGUUUGGGUACAUGUGUUCUCUAAAUUUUGUUCUCUGUGAAUUUGAUCUUGUUUUUUUAGCAGAAAAAGGCAUCCCAGUCGAUAAAAAUGGGAUCAGAGUGUCAUCAGUUGAUCCGUAAGUUCUAUGGACUACAAGAGGAAAGGAUUAAAGUUUACCGCAGGUUUGAGGAGGGUUUUGAGACUUACCUGAACACAUCACCUAAUUAUGACUUUGCACCAUAUCGGCAGCUUGUACAUGAUGUCACUCAGGAGUUCCAGAGAAUCUCAGGUGAUGUCAUUGCAAUCAGGGAUCGGCUCAGAGAUGACCAUAACCAGGUAGAACUGGUCAAACUACUGGAGAAAAUUCAGGAGGAGGAGAAGAAAAAACUUCAGCUAACAGCAGAGUUCCAGGUAGCCAGACAGGUAGAAAUAGACAAUGGAGAUGUGGACCACUACAAAGAGGAGGUCACACAGGUCAAGAAAAGGUUGCAGCAGUCAGUGACCAGAAUAUGUGAGCAUAUGGACGACCUGAAAUUCGAGUCUGAAGACUUAUGAUACAGGAAGAGAGAUGAUGGGG